AUGGGCUGGCCGUACCACUUCUUGACACUCUCCCACGAAGAAGUCAUCCUUCGCCGCCACACCAUCGACUACUAUGCCAGCGUAGCUCAUUACUCAGCCUUGGCCCCGGCUGUGGUCCUCAUCGUCCUCCGUCUCAUCCUGCGAGCUGCGCGACCCAUACGCCGUCUGGGGGGUUAUGAUGAUGGUGAUGAUCGUGGCCAGUAUGCACAUGUUCCCGGGACACCUACUCUCAAGGCUCAGCACAACAGUGCGCUCGGCACGUUGGCGGCACGAUGGAGGGCUGUGCGGUGGUGGUUUGGAGACGAUGUCGUCUUGUUGGGUGUAAGUUGGGGACAGAGAGAUGAGUGGCUGCUGGGGCUGGGGUGGACGGGCUGGUUGCUCAUGCUUUGUGUUUUGGGGACCGGAGAAGACUACCUCCACUUCACCAAACGCUUCGGCAGCAUCGCCAUCUCACAACUCCCCAUCCAAUACCUCCUCGCCCUCAAAGCCCUCAACCCCUACGCCUACGCCUUCAGCUCCUCCCACGAGCACAUCAACCGCUACCACCGCGUCCUCGGCCGCGUCAUAUACACCCUCGUCAUCAUCCACGUCGUCCUGUACAACGUCUUCUUCGUCCUGUCCGGCAUCUGGCUCAAGCGCUUCUUCGCCCCCGUCGUCUUCUGCGGCGUGGUAGCCAUGCUUGGCUUUGACGGCCUGAUGGCCACCGCCAUACGCCGCGUGAGGAGGUACUCGUAUCGCAUCUUCUUCAUCACUCAUCUGGCCGUUGCGCUGCUUGCUCCCGUGCUGCUGUUUUUCCACGCUCAUUCUGCCCGCGUGUACGCUGCCGAGAGCAUCAUUGUAUUUCUUGUCGAUCUUGCGGUUCGAAGAGCAGGCAUGACGCAUACGGCGUCAACGUUUGAGGCAAUCCCAGGAACAAGCCUCAUCAAGAUCUCCGCUCCUAUGCCAUCUCAGAAGAUUGAACAGUUCCGCUCCCAACCAGGCUCUCACAUAUAUCUCAGUCUCCCUCCCGAAGGAAGGACUACAAACUACCCAGCCUCUCAAUCGCUCCUCUUCGACUUGGUCUUCAACCCCUUUACGGUUGCUUCCGCCAGCGAAGACAGCCAAAGCAUUACACUAGUCGCGAGAAAGCGAUCUGGCCCCAUGACGAAUAUCCUCUCACAAUUUGCCUCCUCGACCUCGUCCCUCUCCUCCGAGGGCGACAACAAAAUCACACUCGCCAUAGAAGGACCGCAUGGUGCUGUAGGCAAGCACUUUCAGCAUCUUCUCACCUGGGGCGCCUCCCGCAUCCUCCUUAUAGCCGGCGGCGUGGGAGCAACUUUCAUCGUUCCGUUAUAUCAUGCUCUCCAGCGAGAGCUGCCAUUAGCUCAUGCCCAGUUCAUCUGGGCCAUCCGCUCAGCUGGCGAUGCAACGUGGGCAUCAAUUGAAAACGGCUUCGAGAAGUCUCUACUUGACGAUGACAAUGUUCAUCUCUAUCUCACGGAGAAUAUCAAUGUUUUCCACAACGACGACCAUGGCCAUAACGGGUCUAUUGAGCUCGGAAACAUGAGCCGAGCAUCAUCGCGCCAGCAGCGUUCUGCUGCAAGUAGCCACAACAGCAGGCGUCCCAACAUUCAAAAGAUUGUAGACGAUGUAUUCCGCCACAGCGUAGACGAAAAGGUUGCCAUUCUAGUCUGCGGCCCAGAAGAAAUGAGCAAAGAAGUACGGCGGCGAGUAGGGCCGUGGGCGACAAAGGGCCGCGAGAUAUGGUGGCAUAAUGAAAGCUUUGGAUGGUAA